CUUUCUGCUCAUGUUUACACCAGUGUCUUACUUGAGCAGAUGGACACCCUCAGCACCACUAUUGGGCACACAUCAUAAUCACCAUGAGGAUCGUCUGUGGGGUUUUGAGUGCAAAAACACUUUUGACUCCAGCCCAGAUUGCCACUGGACAUACUACGUGAAUGAUUUUGAUCAGGAAUUUUCCUUCGAAUGCCCCUCAAAUUAUGUUCUCUCAGGGAUGGAAAGCUAUCAUGAGAAUAAACAUGAAGACAGAAGGUGGAAGUUCUAUUGCUGCAGAAUCAAUAACUUCUGCAACUCGAACUGCCAGUGGACCCCUUAUGUUAAUAACUUUGAUGAGACCUUUGAUUUUUACAUUCCAACCCAGAACUACCUUGUUGGAACUGGAAGCUACCAUAACAAUCAUCACGAAGAUCGUCGCUGGAAGUAUUUUUAUUGUACAAGGAACCGAUGUUGAUUGCUGUAAGUUCAAUACCAACCAGUGUUUCUUCAGUCAAAUAA